AUGGCUAUGGAAGCCUUUUUUAACCACAGCUCUACAACCCCAAGAGCAAUAAUGCGACUAUUCAAGUAUCUUGAAGAUAGACCAAGCUUUUCAUCGCCAGAUGCCAUCAUCCCGACGGUAGAUCUUGAACUCAGGCUUGAACUUAUUAAAGAUAUUUGCGAGAAAUACGAGACGGCGAAUAUUGAGACACUUCACUUCACAAAACUUCAGCUAUCUGCCCUCUUGAUAAUGCCCUUGGAUACUCUUCGACUAGCAAAGCAGAUGCCAUCGCUUAUUUCGACAUGGCUUCCCACUGAUCUGUAUCCACGUUUCAUGAUGCAAGGGAAACUCCUCGAUAGUCAGGCUGGAAGUGGUGGCACAUCUCAAGUAUCAGCCUCUGCGUCAGUCAACAGCUCUGCAAGUGUUCAUCGAAACGCGAGAGAACGAGAAAAAUGCCUCGCAAGGGACGGCAGAGUUUGCGUUUUUACGAAAACAGCUCAUCCUGAAGUGUGCCACAUCAUACCAUUCGCUGUCAAUGCGAAGCAGAUAAACAUUGCCUUUUUGAAACAGCUACACGGCCCCUCGACCGGCUUGAUGGGUAGUGAGACUGCAAAUAGCCUGAGCCAGCUUGCCGCAACAGCACCAGGAUCAUCAGACAAGUCCUGGAAUAUGCUUUGCUUGCAUCCUUUGCUUCAUUCUUUUUGGGGGAAGUGUCUGUUUGCAAUUAAAUGUCUUGGCAUUAUCCCCUCAGAUAAUAAGCAUUCUAUCGUCCGGCUGCAGUUUCAUUGGAUGCCGAGACACAAUCAUAAGCAAAAUGACUUGGUUAAGCCUCCUUACAAGGAUGCUGUGGAGGAGAUGAUCCAAAACUUGACUGAUAAGCAAGACACUAUUCCCGGCUUCUCUGUUUUCAAGGAUAGCUCCGCUCGUGAGCUUGAAACAGGAGAAACAUUUGAUAUCUUGUUGGAGAAAGAAGAUGCAGAAAAGAUGAAGGUUGUCCUAGAUGUUCAGUGGGCUGUUGUUAGACUUUCAGCUUUUUCGGGAGCUGCUGGAGACUGGGAACUUGACGAUACCCCAGAUGGAGAAGGAGGCGCGGGAGGUUCUGCUGUUGCUGAACGGGUUGAGAGCUGGAUUGAAGACCUCCCUUCAUCUACGCCGCAUUAG